AUGAUUUAAUAAAUUAACAAAUUUUACAAAUUUGAAUAAUUUAUUUUCUCUCAGUCACAAAAUGAGGAAAUUAACCUAGAGCUUUUAUUUAAACAUAUAUAAAUUACUGAUGAGGAUUUUUAAACUCUAACAAUUGGUCUAGGAAGUCUCAAAAAUCUUAUUUUGCUAAAACUUGGUCUAGAUGAAAAUCAUAUAGGAGAAGAUGGAUUAGCCUAAUUAGGGAAAGAGUUAGGAAAUUGUUAAAAUCUUUGUGAUUUAAAUAUAAGUCUAAAUGAUUGCUAAAGUGUUUCUGAUGAAGGUAUCAGUUAUUUAAUAGAGGGUUUAGUAAACUGUACUAAGAUUAAAAAUUUAGCAUUAGGACUAAGUAAUAACUAAAUUAGCUAAGAAGGAGCAUCUAAUAUUGGUAAAGAUUUAUAAAGAUUUUUAAAUCUGACUUCUUUAGCACUUAACUUAAGUCAAAACCAAAUAUUUGAUUAAGGAGCAGCUGAUCUUGCUUUUGGGUUAGGAAAAUGUGUUAAUCUUACUCAUUUGGAAUUAAAUUUUGAAGAAGAAAAUAAUAUCAGUGAUAUAGGAGCUUCUAGUAUAGGAGCAGCAUUAGCAAAUUAUUUGUUAGGUUUAAAUAUUAAUUCAGCAUAUUCUAAAAAUUAGCUUAAAUUAAACAUAUAAAUAUCUAUCUAUAACUUUAACUUUACUAAUUUAUAAGAUGUUAAAGAUUCAAAUUGA